AUGGCUGUUAAAAAGCAGCACAGCUACGAGUUCGGUGGCCCUCCGGGUGCCUUUGCCAUUGUGUUUGGCCUUCCCGUGCUUUUGUGGUCAUUCUUUUUCUUCUGCAAUGACAAGACGGGCUGCCCAGCUCCUUCUACUCUCAGCCCCAAGACGCUGGACCUGCAAAAGUUGAAGAGCGAAAUUCCAUGGCCUGAGAACGGCAUUUGGGGCUUCUGUAGCUGGGAGGUUUUCGGCUGGACGUUGGCCUACUACUUCCUAAGCUUGGUCCUUCACCGUAUCCUUCCCGCUCAAGAGGUCCUCGGCACCAAGCUGGCUCAGUCUGGCAAGCCACUCAAGUACCGCUUUAACGCCUUUAGCGCCACGGUGUUGCAACUCGCCGCUCUGGCCGUUGGAACCUAUCUGAAGGGCGCCGACUUUGUUGUCUGGACGUACAUCUCUGACAACUAUCUCCAGCUCUUGACAUCCAACAUCAUCAUUGGCUACUUGCUGUCUGUUUACUGCUAUGUCUGCAGUUUCAGCGUGAAGCCUGGCAACAGCGAGAACCGCGAGCUUGCCGUCGGCGGUAAUACUGGUAAUCUCAUCUAUGACUUUUACAUCGGUCGCGAGCUGAACCCCCGCGUCACGCUGCCCUUCUUUGGCGAGAUUGACAUCAAGACUUGGUUCGAGUUUCGUCCUGGUCUGACUGGUUGGAUCAUUCUCGACCUAGCCUUCUGUGCCAAGCAAUACCGCAACUACGGAUACUUGUCUGACAGCAUUGUUGUUACAACUGCGUUCCAGGCAUACUAUGUCCUCGAAGGUCAAUACUAUGAAACUGGUGUGCUCACCAUGAUGGACAUCAUCACCGACGGCAUGGGUUUCAUGCUUUCCUUCGGUGAUAUUGCCUGGGUUCCUUUCCUUUACUCUACCCAGACACGCUACCUUUCCGUUUAUCCCGUUGAACUAGGCUGGGCUGGCGUUGCUUCCGUAGCCGCAAUCUUUGCCACUGGUCUGUACAUCUUCCGUUCUUCCAACAGUCAGAAGAAACGCUUCCGCACCGAGCCGGAUCACCCCAGCGUCAAGGAUAUGCCAUUCAUCCAGACCAAGCGCGGAACAAGGCUGCUUACCGGAGGAUGGUGGGGCAUGUCGCGUCACAUCAACUACUUUGGUGACUGGCUCCAGGCCACGCCUUUCAGCGUGCCUACUGCUGUUGCUGGCUACCUCAUUCUCCCUGCAGGCAGUGCUGUUUCCGGCGCUAUCACGAUGCUCGAUGGACGCGAGGUGGUUCAAGGCGCUGCUCGUGGCUGGGGCAUGAUUUUCACUUACUUCUACGUCCUGUACUUCGCUAUCCUGCUUAUCCAUCGGGAGGGCCGAGAUGAUGUCGCUUGCUCCCAGAAAUAUGGCGAGGACUGGGAGAAGUAUAAGAAGACUGUGAAGUGGAGGAUUCUGCCGGGCGUUUACUGA